UGUUUCAGUUUAAACAAUGUUGGUGGAAGCAGUAGCAAUAGGAUUGCUGGUUUAUCAGUUGUUCUUUUACUUUGCUACCAGGAAACAGCUGAAACUAGUGGCUUCCCAUUUCGUCGGACCUAAACCGCACCCUCUGUGGGGUAAUUUAGGAGAAUUUUUCCAAAAGGAUAUUCCAGGACUUUUCGAAACUGUGGUUGGUUUUCACGAACGCUAUGGUCCAGACAUUUUCACUUGGAGUUUGUUCAAUAUGACCAUGAUUAACGUGACCAGCGCGGAGAAUGUGGAGAAGGUGAUAAUGGCAAAACACGCUCAGAAGUCGUUCAUUUAUGAUUUUCUGAAACCUUGGCUAGGCGAAGGCUUACUGAUUUCAAAUGGAGAAAAGUGGUUCCAGCGUAGAAGAAUAAUAACACCAACGUUCCAUUUUAAAGUUCUAGAACAUUUCGUAACGGUGUUUGACAAGGAGACGAAUGUAAUGGUCGAAAAUUUGAAAAAACACGUCGAUGGGAAAGAAUUUGAUAUGUACGAUUACAUAACGUUGAUGGCUUUGGAUAGUAUUUGCGAAACAUCCAUGGGAACUGCAGUGAACGCUCAAAAAGAUCCUACUAACAAGUACGUGCAAAGUGUUAAACGAAUGUCCGUCUUAAUUCUACUGCAAACUGUAAGCAUGUUAUCUGGUUUUCCAUUUUUAUAUUCACUCAUUCAUCCGAAUGGCUGGAAACAGCGAAAAGUCACUAAAGCUCUUCAUCGGUUCACGGAUUCCAUUAUCAAAUCUCGGAGAAAGACAUUGGAAAAUGAAAAGCUUAGACAGAUUGAUUCCAAUCGAGAUGAGGACAAUGUAAAUUCUAAGAAAAAAAUGACGUUUUUGGAUUUACUUUUGAAUGUUCAUGUAGAAGGGAAACCACUUUCAGACUUGGAUAUUCGGGAGGAAGUGGACACUUUUAUGUUUGAGGGACAUGACACAACAACAAGCGGAAUUGCGUUCGUAGUUUAUCAGUUGGCGUUGAAUCAACCAAUUCAGGAGCGCAUAUACGAUGAAAUCGUAUCGAUACUGGGAAAGAAUUCAAAAUCUUACGUGCUUACUUAUCAAGAUCUUCAGGAAUUCCGCUAUUUAGAAGCUGUGAUAAAAGAAUCGAUGCGACUAUUUCCUCCUGUUCCAUUCAUCGGGAGGAAAUUGAUGGAUGAUUUAGAAAUGAACGGAACAACAAUAAAAGCUGGCCAAGAUUUCCUUAUUCCAAUCUAUGUUGUCCAUAGAAACCCGAAGGUAUAUCCCGAUCCAGAGCGUUUCGAUCCUGAUCGGUUCUCCGAAACGGCGGAAUCUAAACGGGGUCCCUACGAUUACAUACCAUUCAGUGCUGGCUCACGGAAUUGUAUUGGUCAACGGUACGCUUUGCUGGAGAUGAAGACAACACUCAUUAAGCUGAUUUCCAAUUACAAAAUUCUUCCCGGCGAAUCACUGGGAAAGUUGCGAGUCAAAACGGACCUAGUACUUCGACCAGACAAAGGAAUCCCGGUGAAAAUCAUUGCAAGAGCGUGAGUUAUU